AUGGAAGCUGUGCCGCUAGCGGACUUCGUGCGCGCCCUGGACCCCGCCUCCCUCCCGCGUGUGCUGCGCGUCUGCUCGGGGGUUUACUUCCAGGGCUCCAUCUACGAGAUAAGUGGAAAUGAGUGCUGCCUCUCCACAGGAGACCUAAUCAAGGUCACCCAGGUUCGCCUCCAGAAGGUGGUCUGUGAGAGCCUGAGAAUGGGUCAGAUCAUGGAGCUGGCUCCCAACUUCCAGGGCCACUUCCGCCCUCUCACUGGCUCCCAGAGCUACGAAACCCUGGAGGAACUGAUUGCUGCUGCCAACCACAGCUCCAAGCUGCUGCCCAUUUGCUUCAUGUUGACACACAGCAUGACAGUAAAAGACAAGGUGGUGCCUAAGAACCAGCCCCUUAUGGUUGACGCUGUGGAAAUGCACCAAGGGACCUGCUGUGCCCGUUGUGUCCUGACCACAGGUGCCCAGCAGGUCAUUCUGCACCUGCCCCUGUCCCAGAAGGGGCUCUUCUGGAAAUGUGAGCCUGGUGCACCCCAGACCCUACUCCAGGCGCUGCAGGACCCAGCGCUGAGAGACCUCCCUGUCACCUGUCCAACCCUGCCCUGGAGCUUGCUGAUCCUGAGACCCCAGUAUGAGAUCGAUGCCAUCAUGCACAUGCGCAGAACCAUCGUCAAGAUCCCCUCCACGCUGGAGGUCGACGUGGAGGAUGUCACUGCCUCCUCUCAGCACAUCCACUUCAUCAAACCACUGAUGCUGAGUGAGGUCCUGGCCCAUCAAGGCCCCUUCCCCCUGCCUGUGGAGAUCGUGGAAGUCCCAGAGGGGCCCCCCAUCUUCCUCAGCCCAAGGGUGGGCUCCUUGCAGAAAGGCCAGAGACUCUGGAUCUAUGGCCAGGCCUCACCACCUUGGCGGAUCCUGGCCUCAAGCAAGGGCCGGAAGGUGCCCAGAUACUUCAUGGUCUCCGGGGUUUACCAGGGCAAGCUACGGCGGCGACCAAGAGAGUUCUGCACAGCCUAUGAUCUCCUAAGUGCUCUUCAGCCAGGCCACCCACUUCGGGUGGUAGCCACAAAGGACUGUGAGGGUGAGGAGGAGGGCAACCCUGAGUUCAGCUCUUUGGCUGUGGGCGAUCGGCUCGAGGUGUUGGGGUCUGGCCAGGCCUAUGGUGCCCAAAACAGGGACAUAAGUGUCCUGGUGUGUCAACGGCUGAGUGACCAGGCUGGGGAGGAAGAAGAGGGAGAGUGUGAUGAGGAGGCAGAGGACCAAGAAAGGAUUCUGCUGCCCCUCUACUUCCCUGGCAGCUUUGUGGAGGAGAUGAAUGAUGGCCGGCGCUACAGCCUGGCAGAUCUGAUUGCCCAGUUCUCACUGCCCUGUGAGGUCAAGGUGGUGGCUAAGGAUACCAGCCACCCCACAGACCCUCUGACUUCCUUCCUGGGCCUCCGGCUGGAGGAGAAAAUUGUGGAACCCUUCUUGAUGGUCAGCCUGGACUCCGAGCCUCAGAUAUGCUUUGAGAUCCCUCCCCGAUGGCUGGAUCUGACUGUUGUGGAGGCUCAGGGGCGGCCAAGGCAACCAGCUGUGCCUCCUCCUCUAGCAACAGUGGAGGAGCUGACAGAAGCCUUCUACUAUCGCCUCCGGAAGUUACCAGCCUGUGAGAGCCAAACUCCGCCACCCAGGCCCCCCAAAAUUCAAGAUCCCAGUGGGAAGAAGAAAAAGAACAGCAAGGAAGGAAGGAUUAAGUCUUCUCAAGUCUUACGACUGGAACGACCUCCUCUGUUGCCCAAACCCAAGAUGAAGACCUUGCCAGAGUUUUCCAAGUGCAGUUCAGAUGUACACAGCAAGGUUUCUGCCCACAAGAAACGCGUUAAGCCCACUGAGAUCAACAUGUUGGAUCCUGAAUAUGAGCAUGAUUAUGAAGAAAUAGUUGACCAGUUGCAGAAAACCAUCUAG